CUCCAGACUUAUAUGCAUGUCUGGCGCUCUUGUUUCAAAUUGAGGCGCGAAAUUCUUUGCAUUGCGGGCGCAUUGUGUAGAUUGAGAUUGAGAUAAAGAAAAUUGGUGUAAAUUGUUUGUUUAUAGUGCUUAUACCUUGGCUUAUUUCGUGUAAUCGUAAUUUCUCAGUGAAGUGGUUGAUAUUUCUACACGGGGUGAUGUCCAUAAUGAACAUCAUACAAAGGACAGUGAGGAAAGGACCCCAGCUUGCACAGCAGGCUCGUACCUGCUACCAGGGUGCAUAUGGGGAAAAAUGUCUGAACAGUGUCACUCUGCUUGGUCGAGCUGGGUCUGUUGCCCAGAAACGUGGAACUCCUGAUAGCCCUGUGGUUAUAUUUUCACUGGCCACAAACUCCUACCACAAGAAUGCAGAGGGCGAUGUUACCCAGCACGUGCAAUGGCAUCGAAUCAGCGUGUUCCGGCCGAGCCUACGGGAAACUGUGUUCAGCAACCUGGCCAAGGGACAGCGAGUGCUGGUGCGGGGCAGCAUCAGCUACUACACGGUACAGGACAACUACAACAACACGAGCACGGCGACCUCCAUCAUUGCCGACGACGUCAUCUUCCUGAGUCGGACGCGCGAGGGCAGCUACCAGGCGUCCGACGAGACGGCCGAUGACGACCUGAAGUGAUCACUCAGACACGGGUAAUCGUUUGGGGAGGUUUCGGGGAUAAUCGCGCGGGUCAAUUACCCGCUUUUGGCCCGAUUUUGUAGAUCUCCUAGUUCAGAGAUGGUUCAGUCAAAGAUGAAGUCGUUUUGUAUGCCUUUUUUGUACCAAGUGAAGUGUGCCAUCGGGACGAGAAGUACGUUUGCCUUUUGGUGAGUUGUGAUGUGGAAAGCAGUGAAGUGUGACUGAUAGUUGUUCGCCCCUGCAUCGUGUCGUACCUGCACCAUGAAUGAAGUGUCACGCUGACAGCUGAAAUCGAAACUGCUUUUGCAAAGUAUACGCCUUUGUAAAUAAAUAGUUGGCCGCUGCUGACAACCACAACUUGGCACAAGACGUCCAAAAUUGCUAUGGCGACUCGAAUUUAGGGAAACCCAUACUUUCACAAGCAUUUUCAUCUGUGGGCGGAGAAAUUGUUCGGUUACGAGAUCUGGCGUACAGUAAUACUGCCACUGUGCAAUCAUUAUCCGACCGUGCUUCCGAUGGGUGUAAGUGAACACACAAAGCUUACAACGAUGUCUCUUGAUGAAAAUGUUUUAUUUAAUUACACCAUUGUACAGUG